AUGUCCGGCGUCUGGGGCUGGUUUGGAGGCGGAGCGGCCCAGAAGAAGAAGGAUACCCCCAAAAACGCCAUCCUGAGCCUGCGGUCGCAGCUUGAUAUGCUACAGAAGCGAGAGAAGCAUCUGAUGACACAGAUGGAUGAGCAAGAUGCGAUUGCAAGGAAGAAUGUCAACACAAAUAAGAACGCGGCAAAGGCUGCGCUAAAGCGGAAGAAGGCACACGAGCAAAGUCUGGACCAGACAACAGCACAGAUUGGAACCCUGGAGCAACAGAUCAAUGCCAUCGAGUCGGCCAACAUCAACCACGAGACCUUGGCAGCGAUGCAGAAGGCCGGUGAGGCUAUGAAGCAAAUCCACGGCAAGCUUACGCCCGAAAAGGUGGACGAGACCAUGGCUCAACUUCAGGAACAAAACGCGCUCAGCGUAGAAAUUGUCAACGCCAUCACGAGCAACCAGAUUGGGGAGCCCAUCGACGAAGACGAGCUGGACGAGGAACUCGAGGCCAUGCAGCAGGAACAGCUGGACGAGCAGAUGCUCAAGUCAGGCACAGUUCCCGUAUCAGAUACCAUCCACAGGCUGCCCAGUGUUGCAAAUGGCAAAAUCGAGAGCAAGACGCCUGUGGCCGAGGAAGACGACGAGGAAGCCGAGUUCAGAAAGUUACAGGCAGAGAUGGCCAUGUAG